GCAUGCGCAGUGCAACUUUUCCGCAUUGUGCCCCUUAACGCUUCCUCAUUGACAGCGCCUAAAGGAAGAUAGCAACGAUAGACUGUUUCAUUUGCACUCUUAGCAGUUUUUAAUACCGUUUUUACGUAUUAUUAUCUUAAACAACUCGGAAGUCUUCUUUAAAAGCCUUUGGAGAGUUCAGAAAUGUCAAAGCCUCCCCCCAAACCAGCUAAACCAGGUCAGGUCAAGGUGUACAGGGCGUUAUUCACCUUUGACCCAAGGACGCCAGAUGAACUGUACUUUGAGGAAGGAGAUAUUUUGUACAUCUCAGAUACAAGUGACAGUAACUGGUGGAAGGGGACAUGCAGGGGAAGGACUGGUCUUAUUCCCAGUAAUUAUGUGGCUGAGCAAGCAGAGUCCAUAGACAACCCCAUGCAUGAAGCAGCCAAGCGAGGUAAUCUGAGCUGGCUCAGAGAGUGUUUGGAUAAUAAGGUUGGCAUCAACGGACUGGACAAAGCUGGGAACACCGCUCUCUACUGGUCCUGUCACGGAGGACAUAAAGAUGUGGUGGAGAUUUUGCUGAGACCCACAUUCAUUUUAAACGUAUUGCAGUACUUGUCUGUUCUGGAUUAA